AUGGAUUCAGAUAAAACGAAUCCUGAUACCCAACAUGACGUUGAUCUUAUUAUACUGGACUACCUUCUAUGUAUCGGCAUAGAUGUUCUAAUCCACGGUAGAAAAACGGGCCGAGGCCAUACAGAGAGCUGGGAUAACUGGGUUCUUAAUUCAAUACACACAUUUAGAUACAUACUACCUCCAAGCCACAUGCUCCCACAGGAUCUGCUUAUCAAGUUGCAGCUGCUCGACUUCGCGGACAUAUUUCCUCAUGAUUACACACAAUUGGUGCCACAUAGAACAUCAGCUGCUGAGGGCUCCUCGUAUGAAGGGUACAUUCAAACACAGUCUGAAGCCCAUGCAACAAAUCAUGGCCAGUCGAAGAUAUUUCCAGCAACGUCGCCCGGACCAAGCAAUCCCCGCACAAACACAUACCUGUACAGGAUUAUACCCGAGUUCAUGAAACUGUGCGUCGCAGCAAAGGAGAAGGUGUCAAUCACACGAUGGGUUGAUAUCCUAACUCAAUUCAUGACGCAGGCUGUAGCCGAGGAAUAUUACAGCAGUGGGAGGCAAUUGCCAGAAUUGUUCAACAAAUAUCCAUUCUGGAAGCCAGAAGAUCAGACCCAAGCAUUGGUAUGGGAACAAGCAACUGCUAGUCAUAUGCAGACACAGAAAGGAAUCUCGCCGGGCAUCAAUUUCGAAGCAACAUUGAAUGAACGUUCGUUGUCUCGACUUGAGGAUGAUGUGACUGGGUUUUUAUCUGAUUUAAUGGAAACAUUAGACGCCCCGGUGCUUGUUCAACUUGAAAGAGGACAAAUAGGCCAACUGAGCCACGCAGAAACGGAACAGUUGAAGAGCCGCGUGGGAUUUCGAUGA